AUGAAGCUCUAUGAUGCCCUCUCCGACGACCUCGCCAGCUGGGUCCGCCAGCAGCCCGUCUUCUUCACGGGCUCGGCGUCGACGCAUGGCUCACACAUCAACGUCUCGCCCAAGGGCCUCGCCGACUCGCACUUUGCCAUUCUCUCCCCGAACCGCUGCGCGUACAUUGACCGCAUGGGCUCCGGCUGCGAGACCAUCUCGCACAGCUACGAGAAUGGCCGUCUGUGCCUCAUGUUCAUGAGUUUCGGCCCCACCCCGCGCAUCCUCCGCCUCUUCUGCCGGUCCUCCAUUGUUGAGUGGGACAGCCCCAAGUUCCAGGACCUCGUGCGCACGGUGGCGCGGGGGUCGCGCCGAGAAGACUUUGACGGCGCGCGCGCCGUCGUCGUCUGCGACAUCUGGCAGGUCCAGACGAGCUGCGGCUAUGGCGUGCCGCGGGUCAAGAAGGGCAUAUAUGCGGCGGAAGAGGACAGUGCUGAUGGCGACGGCAAGGACGGCAAGACUGUCGUCAGCGUAGAGAAGGGCGGCGAUGCGACGGUCGACAUGGAAAAGCUCCUUCGCCAGGGCCAUGGCGAGAGCCAGAAGCUCACGGAACUGUGCGUCUUCGAGGAGCGCCCGCAUCUCGACUACUGGGCUGGCAGCAUGGUCAGCAAGAAUAGUGCGCACAAGUACCAGGCCGAGCACAAUGCGCGCAGCAUGGACGGGCUUCCGGGCAUGAAGACAGCCCGUCGCGACAACAAAGAGGUGCUCUGGCUGGGCGAUGCGGCUGCCUAUCUGCGGCGCACCUCUGCGGAGAAGGUGUCUCUGUCUAUUGGCUUUUUGCUUGGGGCAUUCUUCUGCUUUAUACUCGUCGCGCUGAACCUGGUGACACCUUGA